GGGCCGCCCCGGACCACAGCCGUCCGUUUUCUCCCCAAUCGGUGCAGAAAAUGGGCGUGAACUUCACGGUGAGCAACAAGGACACGGUGAAGAGCAGCGAUGUUCUCUUCCUGGCCGUGAAGCCCCCCAUCAUCCCCUUCAUUCUGGAGGAGGUGGGUCCCGACAUCGAGGCACGGCACAUCGUGGUGUCCUGCGCCGCCGGCGUCACCAUCAGCUCCAUCGAGAAGAAACUCUCUACCUUCUGCCCCACACCAAAAGUGAUCAGGUGCAUGACCAACACCCCUGUGAUUGUCCGGGAAGGUGCUACAGUCUAUGCCACUGGAACUCAUGCAGAUGUGGAGGAUGGGAAGCUCUUGGAACAGCUGAUGGCCAGUGUGGGCUUCUGCACUGAGGUGGAAGAGGACCUGAUCGACGCUGUAACGGGGCUCAGUGGCAGUGGCCCUGCGUAUGCGUUCACUGCGCUGGAUGCCCUCGCGGAUGGGGGAGUGAAGAUGGGCCUUCCCCGCAGGCUGGCAGUUCGGCUCGGAGCACAGGCUCUGCUGGGUGCUGCCAAAAUGCUGUUAGAGUCUGAGCAGCAUCCCGGCCAGCUGAAGGACAACGUCUGCUCACCCGGGGGAGCCACUAUCCAUGCCCUGCACUUCCUGGAGAGCGGUGGCUUCCGCUCACUCCUCAUCAAUGCUGUGGAGGCUUCCUGCAUCCGGACAAGGGAACUGCAGCAUUUGGCAGACCAAGAGAAGAUCUCCCCAGCAGCCAUAAAGAAAACUUUGCUGGACAAGGUAAAGCUGGAGUCUCCUUCUCUGUCCGUGGCAUCUGCCAGCAAAGUCAGUCUGUUCACCAACAAGAGCCCCAGCAGCAAGAAGAACUGACCAGGCUGCUGUGGCCUGGCAGUGCUGAACAUCAGUCUCCUCCCUGCUAUUUCUGUUUUGUCUAAGGGAAAAUGCUCACUUGGAAUGUUGGUGUCCCCUAUACCUGGCUCGUGGCUCGCAGCAGCUGUGGGGCAC